AUUGACGAUAGAGAUAUCUUAACUGAAAAAUGAAAAAAAUUAUUGUGCUGUUGGGAAUUAUCGCAUACUCCUACAGUUCCGAUUGGAACUUUGGAAGUCAUGAUGAUGGUGGUGGACUUACGCUGGGAGAAAUUUCUUUAGAUCAUUAUGGCCUGGGAGGAACAGAAAGCCAUUCCUUAGAUUUAUUGGGAGGUCAUUCACCAAUAAAAAUUAGUGAUUGGCACUCGGCCACCAGCGGUCUUCACGGAGUCAAUGUUAUUCCCACUGUUAAGCAUAUCGGGAUACCGACAGUUCAGAAAAUUCCGAUCAACAUACCGCAUCCGGUGGUGGAUACGGUCCCACAGCCUUAUCCUGUUCCUGUGGUAGUUCCGAAGCCUGUACCAUUCCAGGUGGAAAAGCAGGUAAUCAAAACCGUCGAGAAGAAGAUACCGACGCCUGUUGAGAAAAUAAUUCCGGUGAAAAUCGAGAAGCCGGUACCAUUUCAAGUGGUAAAACACGUGCCUAUACCGGUCGAAAAGCCGAUUCCGAUCAAGAUUCCGAUCUACAAGACCAUCGUGCAUAAAGUCAAGCAUUGACUUGCUUUACGAUCUCUCCUUGUUACUGAUUUAUUCUAUACAUUUAAUAAAAAAUAUAUACACGA